AGCUUAGGCCAGACUCAAUUGCGAAGGCCUUUGCCACAUUCCGUCAGCUCAAAAGUAACACACACACAUACACACACACACUCCUGCCACACACCUGCCAGGCCGAGACCAAAUGAGUUUCUGAGUGUUUGGCUGGCACAUUUGUUGUUUUUGUUCAGUUAAAAGCGCAUGAAAAACCUCAGAAGCACUCGAGCAAAAAUGUCAUUAAUUAUGCUCGAGUUGGACAUUUUUGUGUGCCUUAAUAAGUGUGUGUGUAUGUGUGUAUGUGUCUGUGUGUGCCACUAAAUAAAAAUUUAGCACGCAACUAAAUUUAGCUCGAAAGAAAACACAAAACAAAGCAAAACAAACAAACACGAACAGAAAGAAUAGAACCAGAACCCAAAGCAAUGAACAACAUUUAUAAAAACUGUCGCCAACUGCACGCAAAUACUAUAUAGCGGCCUAGCAGCGAAAAUUAUCGGAUCGUACUAGUCGCUGGCACAAUGAACAGCAACAACAAACGGAAGCGCUUUGGAAAUAUAUCGGGAAAAUACAAUAAAUUGUGUUUGAAAGCAACCUUAACACCAUCGUCGUCGGCGUCGUUUUCGGAAACCGGAAAUCAGCAGUUCCUAUGCAUUUAGCCUUGAGUAUAAAUGAAAGUGAGCAAAACCACGAGUUGUCGCGCCAUCCGGCGGUAUUUGCUCAUCUUUACGGCCAUCUCUCUGCUGCCCCUCGCACUCAUCUAUCUGGUCUGGAAUGAGCAGCUCCAGAAGAUUAAAGGAUUCGAGGCCUUUAAAGCACAACUGCAGCAGCAAUCGCCACAGGCGCAGGCACCCUCCAGUUUUCGGUAUCCUGUGCUCCUGCUGAACAAAAACAACAAAAACAAGGAGCUCACUGUGGUGGCAACGGGCAAGACAAAGAACAAGUGGCGUUAUGUCGAUAAAGACAUCAAUCAAACGCGCCUGCCACUCAUACCCGACUAUGCCGUUCAAACACUUUCGCCUGCGGAAAUGCAGAGGGUGGGGGAGCGGAUGGAGGCUCGUCGGGAACGCCUGAGGGACAAAUGCACAGACUUUGGCCUGGACGUAUUGGGUCACGACUCUUGGCACACGCCGAACACGUGGGAGUUUCUGGUCAACAAGAAAUAUCACAUCAUCUGGUGCAAUGUCUUCAAGGCUGCCUCAUCGUCCUGGAUGUUCAACUUCAAUGUGCUGGCCGGUUACUCGCCCAGCUAUUUACGAAAGACCAAAAAGAUUCUCCUCAACUUGGCGAGGGAGCGAUAUCCACGCGUGUCCCUCGAGGAGCUACGCGAGGCUCAAAACGACUCGGUGACGUUCAUAAUAGCUCGUAAUCCUUUUGAGCGCCUCUUGAGCGCGUAUCGCGAUAAAAUGGUCUUUGCGCUGCCAUAUUCCUUCCACGAUAAGCUUGGGCGCAGCAUUGUUCGCAACUAUCGCAAAAAGCAAACGCUGUUGGCUCGUUCUGCCAAUACGAAGUACCCCUCGUUUCCCGAAUUCGUGCAUUGGCUGUUGGAUCAAGUGAAACGCGGGAGCUUUAUAGACAUGCACUUUGUGGCCUCCACAUCGUUCUGCACGCCUUGCCUUAUACGCUUCGACAUGAUAUUGAAGUUCGAAUCGUUGGCGGAAGAUCAAUUAUAUCUAAUCGAAAAGACUGGACUGAAACGUGUUAUAGCGCCCGUGUGGCGGAAUAUGGGCAAAGGGGGUCGAAAGACCAACGAGCUGCAGCGGCAAUUCUAUUCACAGCUGACGCGUCAGGAAAUGCUGGAGCUCUACGAGUACUACAAAUACGACUUUGAGCUCUUCGACUACGACAUUCAGGAGUAUUUGUUGCUUGCCAAGCCCAAUGAAUCCACAGAUAAUAACCCGCAACGAUGAGAGAGGAAUGAAGUGAGAAUAUGUUUACGCAGAUGGAGUAGAAUAAUGAAAUCAUUAGCCGUCGCAGUAUGUAGGAUAUAGCAAAUGUUGAUAAUAAUGAAACACAAUAAUUAACUUAAAUAAUUUAAGAGAAAUUAUCAAGCAAGCCACGCAAGUGAGUUCAACCUAGACUAAGCAUUUUAAUAGGUUUCAAAAAUCAAUAUUCACUUUAUUAAUCUGUUAUAAAUCGGCACCAUCAGCUCCUUAGAAAUACAAUAAAGAAAUUAUAGAUAUCUUAAUGAAAGGCCCACUGGGCAGACUUUCGAAACGCUUGUAAAAAGUAGGCUUAAACAAUUAAUUAGUUGAGCAUUGCGACACUUUUGUUAACAUAACGUUUUACACUUCAUAUACAAAUAAAAAGAAGUAUAAAUCAAA